GGCUAUUUCGCAAAUAGAGAGAAGAAAACUCCCACAUCAAUAUACUGUGCACAAAUCUCAGCAAACUGCCUCUUCAAUCUGAACCCUUGAGGAAAAGAAGUGAAAAACAUGGCGCUUUUGCUCAACAAAACCGCUCUCUCCGCACUCCGGUUCAAUUGGAAAUCAAAUGAUUCGCUGGCACUCUCAAGGCGUGGAUUUCAUGUGGAGCCAGGGAUUCGCGAGAAGGCGGUGAAUUUGCUGGGAGGAUACUAUGAUGCAGGAGACCACGUAAAAUUUGGUCUACCAAUGGCGUUUAGUGUGACAAUGUUGUCAUGGGCAGCUAUUGAUUUUAAGGAAGAUUUCAUUAAAUUAAAUCAAAUGGGACAUGUUUUGGAGGCUAUCAAAUGGGGAACUGAUUAUUUCAUCAGAUGCCACCCUCAACAAAAUGUGCUAUGGGGACAGGUUGGAGAUGGAGUGUCGGAUCACUAUUGCUGGCAACGGGCGGAGGACAUGACGACGUCCCGGACCGCAUACAAGCUGGACGCUGAGCAUCCUGGGUCCGACCUAGCAGGAGAAACUGCGGCCGCCUUGGCUGCCACCUCUCUGGCUUUCAAGCCUUAUGAUUCUGCAUAUUCUAAUCUUCUUUUAGUACAUGCAAAACAGAUUUUCUCAUUUGCAGACAAAUUCAGAGGCUUGUUUAGUGAUUCAAUUGGAAACUCCAAGCAAUUCUAUACAUCAUCUGGUUUCUAUGAUGAACUGUUAUGGGGUGCAACAUGGCUACACAGAGCUACAAACGAUGAAUAUUACUUGAAAUAUGUUGUUGACAACUGCGCCGCCUUUGGAGGAACCGGCUGGGCUGUCAAAGAAUUCUCGUGGGACAACAAGUACGCUGGAGUUCAAAUCCUUCUCACAAAGAUGCUUCUGGAAGGUCGUGCUGGAAGCUAUGCCUCCACGCUGCAGAAGUAUCAGGCGAAAGCCGACUACUUCACCUGUGCGUGCAUGCAAAAGAACGAUGGAUACAACGUGAAGUUGACUCCUGGUGGCCUUAUCUAUGUACGUGAGUGGAACAACUUGCAGUACUCUUCCUCGGCUUCUUUCCUCCUCACCGUCUACUCUGACUACCUCACCAAAGCCAAGAAGUCCGUGCAAUGCCCAGAUGGCCUAAUCCAGCCUCAACAAAUCCUCAACUUCGCCAAAUCACAAGCUGACUACAUUCUUGGCAAGAACCCCAAGUCCUUGAGCUACUUGGUGGGCUAUGGACAGAGCUAUCCAGUCCAUGUCCACCAUAGGAGCGCCUCCAUUGCUCCUGUCUCUCUCCUUCACGCAUCUGUUGGAUGUGUGGAGGGGUUCAAGACUUGGUACAAGCGCAACGAGACCAACCCUAAUGUCAUCCAUGGAGCCCUUGUGGGAGGCCCUAAUGCCAAUGAUGAGUUCACAGAUGAUAGAUCUGUUUACAAACAGACUGAGCCUACAUUGUCUGGAACUGCCCCUCUUGUUGGAGUUUUCACAAGACUGCACACUCUCUCUUCCAGUCCUUACCACAAACCACAAGGCCCUCCAUCUCAACACUAUGCACCAGUUCCCCAACCCAAAGCAGCUGUCCCAGUUGAGUUUCUCCACUCCAUAACGAACUCAUGGAUGGUUGGGACGGAACCUGUCAAACAAUGAAAGGAAACAAAUAAAUCACCCAAAUCAGAGGAGCAAUGAUUGAAGCAGUAAUUGAUUAGUUGAUAUUUCUUAAAAUAGGAAUGAUCUUGUUUCCAUAUGUACACAGAAUAUCUCUCCCUAUAUAUAGAGGAGCUGUAAAUCAUUCUAAUACAUCAGAAAAUAAUAUAACAUCCUUUCUAUUCCUUUAGCUUCAA